AACCUCAGCAUUUUACCUAUAAUCAUCUUUGGCAGAUGUAAAGUUGUUUGCAAAUGGUUUGAGGCUGAUUUGAUGCAGAAAUGUGGGUGCAGGAUGGAGAAAGUACACCUGGCAGGCAGAACUCAGGGAAAAUGUCCAGAAAUUGGUUGGUACAACUCUGACUCUAUGGCCCACAGUCAGAGCUCAGGGUUUUCUACUUACAGCCACCUGUUAGUCAAGGUUCAGUGCUAACCAGACUACACUCAUAACAUUAAGUAUUCCCAAAAGUUGUGUUCACAGCUUCCUGUCAGUCAGAGUUCAGGACCCAAUCUCAACGCCACCUUUCAGUCUGAGCUUAGGCUUUAUGAUAAACUCCUCCUGUCAGUCAACGCUCAGGGCUCAGAAAGCUCUCCCCUCAGCCAGGACCCAUACUUCCGGCUGUGAAUCGGUAGUUAGCUGCAGCCGUUAGCCUCAGUUCGGCGUUGAUUUAACCUCUCGGACACUGAACGGCUCUCCGGCCUCCUCUUCUGGGUGGGUCCGCCUGAAGCCGCUCCUCUGUCGGUUCUGAGCCGCUAGCUGCGCGCUAACGCGGGGCUCUAUCGAGCCUUAGCCGCCAGUCCUUCUAGUUAGCAUCGAGCUAACAGCUAGCUUACUGCUGAUGAAAACAUCGAAGGAAAUCUUCACUAACAGGCGACUCCAGGUUCCAUAGGGUCUCACCUGUGGACCGUCCAACUGGAAUCGGAUCAGUUCCACCAUCGAGGUAUACCAGAACCAUGCUGACCUAGGAAGAGCCCUGCUGCGACCACGACCAUGUCGGAGAACCAGGCCAACAACAACAAUGUUCCUCUGAACAACAACAUGGGUCCCAACAGGAUCCGAAACCCCAACAUCAACCAGAACCCGCUCAUCAAUGUCCGAGACCGCCUCUUCCACGCCCUCUUCUUCAAGAUGGCCGUCACCUACGCCCGACUCUUCCCACCGUCCUUUAGGAGAGUCUUUGAGUUCUUCGUCCUGCUAAAGGCGCUCUUCGUCCUCUUCAUUCUUGCCUACAUCCACAUCGCCUUUUCCCGCUCCCCCAUCAACUGCCUGGAGGUGGUCCGAGACCGCUGGCCGCGCGACGGCAUCCUGAGGGUGGAGAUCCAGAGGAACUCAAGUCGAGCUGCCGUCUUUCUGCAGCACUAUGACUCUGCCGGCCUCCAGGAGGAACUGGAGGCUGAGGAGGACCGAGCAGCAACAGGAGGAAGAGGAGGAGUGGUGGUGGCUGGGAUAAGCCUGGGAGAAGAUGAAGAGGAGGACGAGAUGACUGUGUUUGACAACAGCUCAGUGCAGUUUGAACUGGACAUUGAGCCGCGUCUAAAGCCGUCUGUGAUUGGAGGAGGUUCUGGAGGAGGAGUCAACGACAGCCAGGACCUGUCUUUCAGCCCCGCCUCUAAAGUCUGGCCUCAGGAGGAGUACAUCGUGGAGUAUUCUCUGGAGUACGGCUUCCUGCGGCUGUCCCAGACCACCAGGCAGAGACUCAACAUCCCCGUCAUGGUCGUCACUCUGGAUCCCACCAAGGAUGAGUGUUUUGGAGACGGCUUCAGUCGCUUCCUGCUUGACGAGUUUCUGGGCUACGAUGACAUCCUGAUGUCAAGUGUAAAGGCGCUCGCUGAGAAUGAGGAGAACAAAGGCUUCCUGAGGAACGUGGUGUCUGGAGAACAUUACCGCUUUGUUAGCAUGUGGAUGGCCAGAACUUCGUACCUGGCCGCCUUCGUCAUCAUGGUUAUAUUUACGCUGUCGGUGUCCAUGCUGCUCAGAUACUCCCACCACCAGAUCUUCGUCUUCAUCGUGGAUCUUCUUCAGAUGUUGGAGAUGAACAUGACCAUUGCCUUCCCAGCAGCCCCUUUGCUCACAGUCAUCCUGGCCCUGGUUGGUAUGGAGGCCAUCAUGUCGGAGUUCUUCAACGACACCACCACCGCCUUCUACAUCAUCCUCAUCGUGUGGUUGGCUGACCAGUACGAUGCCAUCUGCUGCCAUACCAACACCAGCAAACGCCACUGGCUGCGGUGAGUCAGAUGGCAGGAAGCAGCUUCGCUCCGUGUCUUUGUGUGUUUACAUGCUGCCGUGUUGCGGACCGUCUGGAUCGGUCCGACUCCUCAGAGCUUCCUGGAGCUUCCAGUUGGCUGUUCAGCUCCUAAUGAUACCUGUACACACCUGCAGGAGUUUCACACACAGAAACUCCUGAUGUGUGUCUGCAGUGUUGGAGUGUGUUCCUGGGCUGAUCCAGAGUUCUGGGCCGGUUGCUCAGGUAGCCCUGCAGGUAGGAUUGGGCAGCAAGGAACUAACUUUUUGUGGCCGCUGCAGCUCAUCAGGAAACUCUGCUGCAGUCGAGUCAGAUCAAACUGUCACCAUAGAUCAUGUUUUCCUCCCAAAUCAGAACCAUGUGACACAUCAUGUGGUCUCACCCAGUUCUGUUUGGUCGCAGGUUUUUCUAUCUCUACCACUUUGCCUUCUACGCCUACCACUACCGCUUCAAUGGGCAGUACAGCAGCCUGGCCCUGGUCACCUCCUGGCUCUUCAUCCAGGUCAGAACCCACUCAUCUUCUUGUGUGUGAAGCUCCGCCCUUUCUUACCUGACCUGAUUGUUGUUUCUGAUUGGAUAAUGCUCUCUUUCUUCCUGGUGUUCUCAGCACUCCAUGAUUUACUUCUUCCACCACUACGAGCUUCCUGCCAUCCUGCAACAGAUCCGGAUCCAGGAAAUGCUGCUGCAGAACCAGCAGGCGGGUCAAAACCAGACAGCUCUGCAGGAUAAUCUCAACAACAACACUGCAGCUGCUGGUGCUGGUGCUGGCCCAGGAUCUGCCAGAACCAGCCAAUCGGGAGACACCGGCAUCCACCCACCGCAACAAGACCCCCUCCCAUCAUCCUCUGCAGCAGCGGGUGGAGCUGGGGAGGUCAGGGCGGAGCUAAACUGGGUCGCUCAGACAGCCGCCAUCAUCACUGAGGCGCUCAGCUCCUCCGUCGACUCGGGAGGAGCAGCAGGAGGAGGUGAGGCAUCAGAAGGAGCAGAGAUCAAUGUGGAGUUCUGGAUGGGAGGAGCAACACUAACGGGAACAUCAGCAGGUGCAGUAGGUGGAGUUCCUGAAGUUGUUUCUUUGGAAGUUAAAGCAGCAAUGGGCAGAGCUGAAACUGCACCUGAAACCACACCUGAAGACAGCAGGUGCCAGGGGAAUGUGCUCAACAAAAAGGUGGAGCCCUCAGACGUCUCCUCCCCUCAGACUGCAGGUACAGACUGCGAGUCACCUGAGCUGCAGCAACAGAGCUCCGCCCCCCCGGGCACGUCCAGGUGAGCUCCUGCUGACAUCAUCGUGUCACCUGGAUGACUCAAUGCUUCAGACUGUCAGCUGACCCGGCGGGUCGAUCGUUGUUCAGACAGAAAAACAGUCAGAGCUGCACUUUACUUCAGUUUAAUCCAAUUAAUUCAUUAACUGAUUGAUCAAUUAACUAAUGAACUGACUAGUGGGACUGACUGUCAGCAGGUUAAUGCGAAGAUGUUUCAGGUGAGCUGUGGUUCUGUGACUCGUCUGGAAACCCAAAUGAGCUCACACUGACCUGUUACAGAUGAAAUACCAAACGAAAAGAGAGAAAAUGUCCCAGUUAAUUACCAUUAAAACGAGCUGAAGCCCUCAGA